AUGGACCGGUACCAUCUGUAAAAGUUAACUUAGCAAGCAGCAACCAUGAAGCUGAUCGUUGUCGCCAUCAUUGCCUGCAUCCUGCUCAUCGGAUGCUGCGAUCUUGCCUCCGCAUCCGAGGCGUGUGGAUGCCAGCCUUGUGGACCUGGUGGCAAGGCGUGUGCUAAUUGUCCUGAACGGGUUCCCCUCUGCAAAGAUUUAAUCAACAUCAUGAGUGAUCUCGAGCGGAAGGUGCGUCUGUGCGUCUGCGGAGAACAAGAAUGGUUGCUCUAGAGAUGUAUCUUCAACCUGAUCAGCAAUCAGCAAACCUGUUAUCUGCUUUCCAGCCCUUUUAAUAAAACUGUUAUCAUUUCUGCACAA